AUGUCAGGAAUUCAGAAGUGGACGGUCAAUGAGCCCUAUCUUGACAUUGCUGGAACAUUGCUUGAGGGCCCUUACCAUGAUGUAGCCAACAAUGAGUUUCGUUUUGUUGAUAUCUGGGAACACAAGCUUUAUCGCCUCGAUCUGGCCAAGGGACCCGAGUCUCUCAAAGUCAUUGAUACAGGUGCUGCAAUUGGCGUCACCGCCAAUAUUGCUAACCCAAGUAAGACCGACGUUGAUCAUCUUAUUGUUGGGGCUAAGCAUGGGUUUGCUCGGUUGAACCGAACUACCGGAGAUCUCUCUUAUAUUCGUGAAGCCUGGGGCGAGGAAGAUGGUCCAGGCAAGGCAGAACUCAUGCGCUUCAAUGAUGGCGCAGUCGAUAGCGAAGGCCGUUUCUUCGCUGGCGCCAUGAACGAUCCCAAAGUCAAGUCCCCAGGUCCAGAAGGUAUAAUCUUCAGAUUAGAUCCCGACCUGAGCUUGCACCGGGUUCAUUCCCCAGUGACCAUUCCUAACGGAAUGGGAUGGAACCUGGCCAAUGACACUAUGUACGUGACCGACUCACCUACAGCCAAGAUCUUCGCGUUUGACUACGACGCCGCAACCGGCGCCAUCAGCAAUAAGCGUGUCCAUUUCGACCUUGGCGAGCCUCUUGAGCCGGAUGGAUUUGCUAUGGAUGUCGAGGGCUGCAUCUGGAGUUGUAUCUACGGCGGUGGAAAGGUGAUCCGCAUUUCGCCGGAGGGGAAGGUGAUCGGACAGAUUGAUCUACCAACGCGCAAUCCGACCUGUCCUGUUUUUGUAGGUGAGGAGCUGUUCAUCACCUCUGCCAAGGAUGAUAAGGAUGAUGAGCGGCUUCCGCAGUCUGUCCGGUAUGGGGGCCGGGUGUUUAGGAUUUCUGUUGGCGUUCGCGGAAAGCCUAAGAAUGAGUUCCGGUUCCAGAAUUGA